GGAGGGGAUAGGAAGUGUAUAUCAGGUUCAGUAAUUGAAUUUAUAUCUGGGUUGUUGAGAUGUCGUCAGUCGAUUCUUGGCCAUGGUGCGAUAUAAUCUUAUCCCAAGAUUACUAAGCAUACAGCCUGAGACACUGUCAUGCUGCUUGCAUACAAUAGUAUCAUUAUGCUUCCUAGCAUGUUAUAUGAGUAUGGCAUUUAUUAUAUUGAUAGCAGAUAUUAAAUAUGUCAACAAUAGAUUCUUAGCUAAUGGAUUUGCGAGUAUGGGAUAUUUAUUCAGUAUUUGGGUACUGGCUUCAGAGACUAUAUUUUUCGGAAUGUAUUCAGCGAUAGAUUUACUUCAAAUAUAUUGUAAACAGUCAGAAAAAGCUCUUAAAAUUUGUCAAACACUAAGGAAUGUUGCAAGUCAUAUGCUCUUCUCCGUUGUUUUCCCAUUAUCAUUGGUCGUUGCGAUUUUGUUUUGGGGAUUUUAUUUCUGGGAUAGAGAACUUAUCUAUCCAGCAAUAUUGGAUGAACUUUUGCCACCGUUCAUCAACCAUAUGAUGCAUACUUACCCAGUACCAUUAUCCAUACUUUACAUGUUCACGGAAAUAAAAAAGGAACCUCCAAAAUAUAAGACACUCGGUUUACUUACUGUAUUUAUCACAAUAUACAGUUUUCUAUUUCUUGACGCACGUAAAAAACGAGGACAAUGGGUUUAUCCUGCUUUAGAAGCAUUGACGCCUUUACAGGCUAUCUGGGUUCUGACAUCUUCUCUGAUAGGGUCUUUUGUUUUCUUUUUUCUCGGUUAUUACAUAUAUAGCAAGAUAAAAGGUACUAUUAAACUAUUUAAAACUUAUCUAUUUUUAAAUACGAGGGAUAUUAACUUUUUCUAUAUUUUAAUAUUUAAUUACAAUAAGGACAUGGUGAUAUGUGAUACUAUCAAUGCAAUAUCUGUUUCUUAAUAGGUUUAAUAGAUAAAUUUAUUAUGUAAUAAAUCAAUUGUAUGGAUAUUUAAUGAGAUGAAUGAGGUAAGACUUACUGAUUAGGUGGGUUCAUGGUCACAUAGAGGUUAUAAGUAUGUAAUGAUAAAACUGAUUAAAAUGGCUGGACAAAGUGGCUGAUUUUGCCUAGUAAGGCUUUCAAACCAGGGCUUGAAAUAGAAAAUAAACUUUUAUUUUUAAAAGGUUUCGGUAUCAGUGAAAUUUUUAUUGUCGAUAGUUUUCAAUUAUUUUGGAACUAGAACUUUUUCCCUUGCAAGUUUUCAAGUAAAUUUUAUUCUUAGCUACUCAAACAAACAGCACAUUAGAGUGAAGAGUAAUUUAUUUAAGACAAAUUAUUACUCUAAUCUAAGCCCAAUUACUGUUUAUUUUUCAUUUAAUGGAACCCUUUUAAGAACUUAAAUAAAUACUAGUUAAACUCAUACCAUAAACAUGGAACUUUAUUAAAAUAUUUUUCCUAAAAAAAUUCACAGAAACUAUUAAAAUGGAACUUUUUAAAAAUUGACAUGUAAGUUUCAACCCCUGCUUCAAACCUCCGAGAAUUCUUAGACCAGGAGUUCUCGACUUCUUUGAGAAGUUGGCUCAUACGGAGUUGCUUAUGAGGCGCAUAAGGCGCAAUUGGAUUAAAAAUAUAAAUAAAAAAAAACAUUCCUGAUUAUUAUUAUAACGUAGCAUCUUUUAAAAUACAUUUAGUAUAACGUACUAUAUUAAGGAUUAAAUAAAUAAGGUAAUGUAUUGUAAAUAUGAACAAUAGCCACAAUACAAAAUGUUCUCUUACAUGAAAACUUAACAAACAUCUAUCACGUGUAGUGGCUAUUUUACAACAGCACUGUGUAACAAGUUGUUACUAACAACUAAUACUAAUAAAGCAAAAUAGUCUGUUUAGCAGAUAACUCACUAGCAAUAUUUUAAUAACCGGAGGAGUAAUUUUUUAUUUAUUUUCUUCAACUUUAAAAUUUACUUUGCUUUUCAUGAUUUUGUUAUGAAAGCGGUCAUAAGCUUAAUCACCUCU